AUGGAGAAUAGAGAUAUCGGCCAAGCAUCGAUCGACACAGAACGUUGUCAAUCGAGCGACGCAGAUACUGAAGAAUCGAUCGUUUCAUCAGGAACAUUAUCGAUCGACACCACCCAGCCGGAAGCAGGUAAGUACCCUCUUCCCGAUGCUAAUAAUAAGAAGGUAGUCCAAACUGAACCAAUAGGUCAAUCAAGCAACAUUUCUAGCCAAACUACUGAAAAACAGUGGACUGAAAUCCCUGUUAAGUCAAACUCUACUUUAGACAUAGGUAAAGAAAUUAAAUUGCCCUUGCAAGACUACUUAAACCCUAAUAGGACCUAUUCCAAUAGGUCCGCUAUCAGAAUACCUGACGACGUCAUCUCGAAAACCAAGUUUAAUGCUGACUAUUAUAAUAUGAUGCGUCGAAACCCUUUUAAAGGAUCUUCUCUAGAACAUCCACAAGACCACAUCGAGGGUCUAGAGGAAUUGAUUCCAGAUGAGUAUAUUCGUUGCAGACUUUUCCCAUUUUCAUUAGAAGGGGGAGCCUUAAGAUGGCUAAACUGUCUACCAAGAGGAUCCCUGACUAGCUGGAAAGAGAUUAGAAAUGCUUUCCUUAAGCAAUUCUUCGACGAUACUCGUUAUUGGGAAGUAAGGAGGCGAAUCUCUACUUUCCGUCAAGAUCCUCAGGAAUCAUUCAAAAAUGCAUGGGGAAGAUUCAAGAGUUACGAACUCGAAUGUCCCCACCAUGGUUAUCCAGAACCACAAUUUCUUAAGAUCUUUUACAAAGGUGUUAUUCUGAGCUAUAAGACAACGCUUGAUACAGCAAGCGAAGGGAAUUUCGUUACUAGAAAUCCUAUGGAAGCAAGACAUCAAAAUCCACCUAAUCUGUACCCGUACUUCCAUAAAACUCUUCCUAUAUCAGAUGAUGAGUUCGACUUUAUAGAAGGAUUAGAUGAUACUGAUCCUCAUUCUGUGUUUAACGUCGACAGCUUUACACGAGACUAUGAAAUCUGUAUACAGUCUCGUACUGGAAGAGAAAAAUACAAUCUUAAGCAAGCUCUUACAGGAAACCGUAAAAUGAAAUUUGAAUUCAACGGGAAAGUAAACAGUGUUUACGGAGAGCUAAAUCAGAAAAUGGAUUCUCUAAUUGAACAUCUACGGGGAAUGGAAGACAAAAUUGCUAACCUUGCAACAACUCUGAAAAGAGAGACGGGUCGUCUUCCUGGAAGGACCGAUGCUAAUCCUGGAGCAAAACGCCAGGCAUAUGCUGUGAUGCUACGAAGUGGAAAACACCUUGAAACGAAUUCCAGAGAAGACGUCAGAAAUAAAAAACUCAUCGAUAACGCGGGAAAAAGCAAUUCCAACCCCAUAGAACUGCUUGAUAACGACUCCGACUCAGAAACAUCAGAACAUAGGAAAAAUUCUUCAAAUGAAAAGAAUAAGGGGAAAACUAUGGAUCUGGACAAAGAGAAUCCCGAUGCCGAAGACGAAAUCGACCAUCUAGACGAACCGCAUAUCGAUCGAUCCUCUGGGAAGGAAAACGAUCGACCGUCUGGCACCAGCAGUAGCAAUACACAAUCUACCGGGACUGAAAGAGUCUAUAGAGCUCCUCCCCCUUUUCCUCCAAACAAACCGCAAACUAAGAAAGCAUUAGAGCAUGCAAUCUGCAAAAAGGCUUUCGAUAAAAUCUAUUUCGAGACGUCCCUCAGUGACGCUCUUAAGAUAGCCCCUUCGGUGAAAAAGUACAUGAAAGAUAUGAUAUCCUCAAGUGGAGAACAAAGCGUCAUGCUAGUAUCAGAGGAAGUAAGUGCGAUAAUACAAGGAGGGACUUCAAUUAAAAGGUCUGACCCUGGUAGUUUCGUCCUAGAUUGUAAGAUACAAAACGCACGUUUCCCUCGUUCUCUCUGUGAUCUUGGCUCUAGUGUAAACCUCAUGCCACACUCUGUAGCAGUUUCACUAGGUUAUGAUGUAUUUGUCCAACGCCUAUCACAUUAG